UCCUCCCCUCGGGAGCCAAUUCCCGGGAACUGGGAGAUUGUAGAAGAAAAGCUUCCUGCGUAGACCGUGAGGCGAGGUGGGGAGUGGAAACGGAGUGUUCGCUGGAGGACUAGGCUGACUCGUUUAUGCUGGCUGAGCAUGGAGGAUUUGAAAGAGGAUAUCAAGUUCAUCGUGGAUGAGACCUUGGACUUUGGAGGGCUGUCCCCAUCUGACAGUCAUGAGGAAGAAGACAUAACAGUAUUACUGAGCCCAGAGAAACCACUCCGUCGGGGCCUCUCCCAUCGGAGUAACCCGAAUGCAGUAGCCCCUGCCCUCCAGGGUGUGAGGUUCAGCUUGGGCCCUCUCAGCCCAGAGAAGCUGGAGGAGAUCCUUGAUGAAGCCAACCGCCUGGCAGCUCAGCUGGAGGCGUGUGCCCUGCAAGACAGGGAGAGUGCUGCUGGUACAGGCCCCGGAAGGCCCAGCCCCAGAGGGAAGGCCAACCCCCGCCGGGAGACAUUCGUGCUGAAGUACAGCCCUGUCCGGGAUCUGCUGCCCACUGUGAGUUCUUGGAGCACGCCACCACCAAGCAGCCUAACUGGGCUCCGGAGCAGCGAUAAGAAGGGGUCAGCGAGGGCUGUUCGGGCAGCAUCUGGAAAGAAGCCCUCCAGCAUAAAGAAGGAAUCACCCACUUGCAAUCUGUUCUCUGCAUCCAAAAGCCCAGGGCGCUCUCCUCUUGCACAACCAACUCUUCCACCUCGUCGGAAAACAGGAUCCGGCACUCGGACAGCAGCAAGCCCACCAGUCAGACCAGCUCCACAGUCCUCAGCUAGCAGCUCCCAGUGCUCCCAGGGAGCAGCUGCCAAGUCUUCUAGUCGACUCCCCGUUCCCUCAGCCCCCAAGCCUGCCACCCGAGUGCCACUCACUGGGCGGAGUAUAGCACCUGGCAAAGGUGCCCUAGCACCAGAUUCUCUCUCAACUCGGAGAGGACAUCCAAGUGCCACAGGGCACAGAGCUCCUGUUUCCCAUCGAACAAAUCUUCCAACCACCAGUGCCGCUCGAGGCAGGUUGCAGCCCCUCAGGAAAGCUGCAGUGCCUGGAGCCACUAGGUAAGAUCAGAGUAGCAAACAAAGACUCAAUAGCAAGCCACUACCAUCUUAGCCAUCAAAGACUGGACUCUCCUCUGCCAGCCGUCCCUAACUCCAGUAGAUUCGUGCCCAGAGAUGGGAGGAAGAGAAGUCUCCAGGGCUGAUCUCUGUGGAGGUUGAGGUGGUUGAGGUGGGUUGAGCUGGAGGAGACUCAGCCUCAGCCUACUCUGCCUCAAAGAAGAAGAGAGAGGUAGAGGUCAUCUGCCCGUGGAGAGAUUCACAAACAACCUAUCUGUCUCCAUCCAUCUUGUGGUCAGGACUGGAGAGCUUGACCUUCUGCCCAGACCAUGGUUCACUGGCCGUUUCCAUGAGCAACCUUGGGAACCAGCCAGCUCCCUGUUCGCUAGGACGGGCCUUUCUGACUUGAUUCCUAUGCCGGAUUCUGGCCUGUUUGGAAAGGCCAGGGGAGCAGCUCGUGUACAGAACUUGGUCCUACGAAUCCUGUGACUUCUCACAGGCCAAUCAGUUAUAAGCUUACAUCUUCAUAUUUUUUUUCUUAAAUAAAAUGAACUUAAAACAUU